AUGGUGGCUUCACUACCCAAAGACGUGUUGAGGGCCAGGUACGUUGGAAAGAGCUUGUAUCAAGUUAGUACACCUGCUGCCGUCCUAGACUUGGCCAAAGUUGAAGCCAACUGCAACCUGAUGCUGGAGGCUGCACAGCGGUUGAACCUCAGCUGGAGAGCGCACAUCAAAACGCACAAGACCGCUGAACUUACACGCCUGCAAGUUGGAGAUCAAGACACAACCCCGGUCAACAUAGUCGUGUCCACUCUUGUGGAAGCAGAAAAUGUCCUACCUCUGCUAAAGGAAUACCAAAUUCGUGGCCGACAAGUCAAUGUUCUGUUCGGUUUCCCUAUAUUCGCAUCAUGUGUGGAUCGACUCGCAACCAUAUCUGCACAAUUAGGACCUGAUGGUUUGUCAGUAAUGGUAGACCAUCAAGAUCAACUUAAGCACCUGACCUCCCUAGCUUCCAAAUCUGGUAACCCUCCACUCGUCUUUCUCAAGGUCAAUGUGGCUAGUGGUCGAGCCGGCGUGGUUCCCGGUUCACCAGACUGCUUACGCUUGGUCGACCAACUCAUUGUCUCAGAGGCCGUCGGCUCGUGCGUAUUUCUCGGCUUAUAUACUCAUACCAGUCAGUCAUACGAGAUGCGUCAAGACUGGGAGGCACUAAAUUUUCUCGGCCUCGAGCUUAGUUCACUGGAUAUUGUCGCACAGGCCGUCAGGAAAGAGAGACCAAACCAUCCCUUGGUGUUGUCUGUUGGUGCAUCGCCCCAGGUAACAUCCCUACAACACCCAUCGUUCAGUGAUGACGACUCAAGCUCGUUAAAUUUGGACGGCGAAUCACUCCUAGCUAAGAUCUCAAACUUGAUCGGCAGCCUCAAGAAAGAAAAUUUCGCCGUUGAGGUGCACGCGGGCGUCUACACAACCCUUGAUCUUCAACAACUUGCUGCGCAUGGACGAGAUUCGAGGUUCUUAAGCCCGGCAGCCAUUGCUAUUUCGGUGCUGGUGGAAGUGGGCAGUUUAUACCCAGGCCGUGGACCCGAUGGUACCACAGAGGCUUUGAUCAACGCAGGAACAUUGGCACUGGCCAGGGAACCCUGUGUGGACAAAGGAAGUCCUCCGGGAAGAGAUUAUAGCAACUGGGGCAUCGUGGCUCCUUGGAACUGUGGAAGCCAGCCGGUACCGGGUCCAGAGUUUCCAGCCAAGCAUGGCGGAUGGCAAGUGGGAGAGGUGACACAAGAGCAUGGCAUUCUUCGGUGGGUGGGCGCGAAAGAUGAUGAAGUCAAUCUGUAUGUUGGUCAAAGGCUACGGAUUUGGCCGAACCAUGCGUGCAUCACGAGUGCCAGCCAUGGCUGGUACCUGAUUGUUGACAGUCGAAACCAUGGACAAAAGGACGAGAUUGUUGAUGUGUGGCCCCGGUGGAAUGGAUGGUGA